AUGCAUCUGGACUGCAAAAUAUCGGCUUCAUCGGAGUAUCUGACAAUUGUGUCCUUUGAUAAAUAUGACAUUCUUAGAGACAUCCCCUCAAAUAAACUCGGCAUGAUCAAGGAAAAGCUCCAAACUAUCGGCUCAAGGUUUAAAGAUAUCAAGGCUGAUCAGGGCGAGUGGAAUUUUGAUGCAUACUUGUUCUGGCUCAACAUCUCCAUCUUGAUUCUUGUAUGCUACGAGUUUUCGCAGGCUGAUGACCAAGUGCAAAUGAUGCUUUUGGCAAUGUAUUUGAAACCGGAGCGGUUUGGCGCCGUAUCGUGCGAGUUGAUCUUGUUUGUGGAAAAAAUCAUUUACCGCUAUCCUUGUUUGUUGGAGCCGACGUCCAAAGUGUACAUAUCGCACAUUUGCAAUGCUCCUCAUGGCAACAAUUGGGACGCAAAGCUACUUUGUGCGCUAUUGCGGUCAUUUUUCUGCAACGAAAAGAUUGCUUUACACGGUGCUUCUCAUGCGAUUUUGCUGGAAAAUUUCAAGGAAAUGUCCACUUUUUUAGAUUCGCUGAUACGGAUCUUGUUCCAGGAUUCGCAAAAACAUUCUUCUGGUGUUUUUGCGUUUCUUGGCGCUUGCUCCUCCAAUCUUGGCGAUUCGCUGCAAAACGGAGAUCUUACCCAAAUUACGGUUACAAAGUACAUCAUUAAAACUUGCAUUGGCAUUCUUGAUGAUUGCAAGGCCGCUUCUUCUUUCAAGGCGUCGGUAUUGGAUCUUUUAUUCAAAAUCCUAACCUCGUUUUUCGAAUUUUUUGCACAUAACGUGUCUUGUGGACACGUUCACGCUUCUCCAAAUUGGUCUUACAUUCAGGAUCAUGAAUUGUUGAGGCAAUCAUGUAUUUCCCUAUGCUACACAUCUUAUAUCAUCGAUCAGCACGACUAUUCGAUGAUGGCAAAGAUCAAUUCCAAUGCCAUGGACUGCCCUUUUAUUGGGAACGCCGAUUUGCCGUCUUUAUUGGGCUCUUUUGCUUGGGUCUCCAUUUACCCUUUUAUCCAAAACGUAAACUUUAAGCUUUUCCAACUUUCUUCUGAUGCCAAUGUUUCGCUGAAAACCCGAUCCAUCAAAUACCUGUGCGAUUUGUACAAAACCAAUUCAAAACUGUUGCCUACGUUUAAUGUGGUCGAAAAAAUGCUUCGCAUGCGGUAUCAGGACACCUCUGCCCCGGUUAGGGAGCUUAUUGUGGAUUUUUUGGCCGAAGUAUUUCGGUAUGAAGAAUGUGCAAUACAAAGCGUGCUUGAUAUUUUGCUGCACUUGGAUGCAAAUGCUGGCAUUCAAAAGAAGGGAAUGUCAAUUUUAUCUCAAAUACUUCAAACCAUGCCAGCGCAACGAAACUAUUUUACGCAAUUAUUUGCCAUUUUGUGUUCCAAGCUAACGCACGCCAAUUUGUCGAUUCGCUGCCAUGCGGCCAAACUUAUUUUCCCGCUGUUGGCGAGGCAAUCUUAUGAACUUCUUUCAACAUUCGUCGAUGCCCUUUCCCGUUACGAUGAUCAUUUGGUUAUCACCGGGUUGAAUUCAUUUCAACUCGCCCAAGAAGAGGAUCCCAAGCACCACGCACAACCCAACAAUUUAACAGACCUUUUCGAACAAUGUUCAAACACUUUUAAGGGUAUCUUGACACAGAUCAUCGAAAAAGACAUCGCAAGCGAUGUCCUUAAUUUCGUUAAAUUUUUUUCUUGUCUGCUUCAAUGUGGUGAGACAAGUAGUACGGCGUUUAGCAGUGCGUUUUUUCCGCUCUAUUUAACCCUGUUUUGCCCGGAGCCAAAGCUGCUCAACUAUUCUCUCAACAUGCAGUAUUAUUUAAGUGUCGUUCUGUGCAUUGUACUUGAGCGAAUGCCCAUUGUGUCUGAAGUGCAUUUGCUUCAGCUGUCAAAGUCCAUCGUUUCUGCUUUGAACCGUUGCCAUGAAAAGAUGCUUGGCAAGCUCGUUGAGCUUUUAUCGGUCAUGUCUUUGCGAAACAGCAAUUGCUGCUGCAUUCUGGAUUCUCUGUUUACAAAACUUUAUGAAAAUGUACACAAGCACAUGGUUGAUAAGUGCAUCGGUAAUUUGAGCUGUAGAUCGGUUUUUCUGCUUGGCAUAAUGUCGCGUGUAGCGCAAAACCCCUCCACUGAGGCUAAUGUGUCAAAGGCUCUGGAGACGGCAUCCUGUCUUGUGGCCAACUUUAGCAGCCAUCUGUCUUCUUCUCAGAUACGAUCCAUUUUGUUGCUGCUAACUGAAAUAUCAACAUCAAGGCAAGACAUCUCGCUGAUCCCGCAGUUUAAGGAUUUUUUUAUACAAAUACUUUCUUUGCAUUCGACACAUGACUAUUCUGAUGAGCAUUGCAACUUGGUUCUUCAGUGCAUUUCUAAAGCAGCCGUUGGAUCUAUCAAAAGCGAUGUACAUUCCGAAGCGCAAGUUGAGGUGCAAAAAAUAUCCAUCGAAGGAAACAUGUACUUUUUGACCGAAUUUUUUAUUGUAGCAUAUCAUCGGGAAUAUCUCAGCGUCGCAUUUGCAGUUGAAAAAGGCAGCGAUGGAGGGUAUGGAUUUCCUAUUUUCAAGAUAUCAACACUUUAUACUUUCCAAAACAAAAGAGGCUUUGAGCAUGGGCAUCCGUAUUUUGGCGCAAGACGGCGGAUUCGCCAAAAAAGAACCAACAGAAUCGAUUUUGUCAACGCAGUUGAUGGGCUUUUUUUCCCAUCCGGAAAAAUGCUUUCGCCACCGGAGGCAAAAAUCCUGUUUCAGAUGCUAUCCAACAUUCCAUUUGAAACGUUUGAGGAAAUAUCGAUGAUACGGCAAACCUGUAUUUCUUGGCAAACAAAACUGGAUGCCAUUUAUGAGGAUGAUGGCGCUUGCUGUGCAUCUGCGGCGGCCAAACAAAUUUGCCAUUGGAUUGGAGAAUUUUUGGACCACAUUAAGAUACUUUACGGACUAAACGAAAGCCAUUUUCGGCAAGAUGCGCAAAAAUCCCAAUUGACCUUGAAACGAACCUCUUGUUCUCUUGCCUUUGAACCUUCAGAUUUGAAGCUCCAAUCGGCUACCGAUGCUACUGACCCUCGAGAUUUUGACGGUCAAAAUGGCGAAAAUGCUGCCGCCAAUGUAAACCAUUUAACUUCAAAGAGUAAGCGACAAAAACCUGUGAAGCCUUUGAAAAAAAUCAAACCCUCUAUCAAGUGGUUUUCGUCUGCCAUCAUCAGUGAUGCCGAUUCUAUGUCUGACGAUGAAAUUCAAGACAGCUAA